UAAACUCCUAAUACUAUUAGUCUAGAAUAAUCAUUUCCAUUUCUAUUUCCCUCCAAUAUCAUCAAAUUCUCUCUCUCGAUCGACUUUUCUAAUCUUCAACAAUGACGUCUUCCACCAUGGAUCACAAUCGACCUAUACUAUCUUCUCUCGGAAAUGCUUCAGGUGAAUUUGAUGUUGAGACAUCAACAACAGAGCAGCCGCUUUUAGAUGGAACUCAUCCUACUGAGAAUUACUCUAUUCUUUCUUGCGUUUUACCGAAAAGUCAAAGAAAAGGGUACCUUUUGGGGAGGUUAUGGUGGUUAUACGAUGGUUGGUGUAAACCAUGGAGUUUCUGCAAAACACCAAGAACCUCGGGGUGGCCCCCCGGCGGUGCCUCCGACGACGAAUUUUUUAUUUCCAGCUCUUGGAGGACUACUUUUUGGUUAUGAUAUUGGCGCUACUUCAUCUGCCUCAGUUUCACUUCAGUCACCAACUCUUAGUGGAACAACAUGGUAUGACUUGACUCCUGUUGAAGUUGGCCUUAUAAGCAGUGGCUCAUUGUAUGGAGCUCUAAUCGGAUCUGUCUUGGCCUUUAAUGUUGCUGAUUUCCUUGGGAGGAGGAAAGAGUUGAUUGCAGCUAGCAUAAUCUAUCUUGUCGGGGCUCUAAUUACAGCAACAGGAUCCAACUUCGUGAUCAUGAUGAUUGGACGCUUUAUAUAUGGCAUUGGGAUUGGACUGGCGAUGCAUGCUGCACCAAUGUACAUUUCUGAGACUGCUCCUUCUGAUGUAAGAGGACGAUUAAUCUCUCUGAAAGAGUUUUUCAUAAUUAUCGGCAUGGUUAUUGGUUAUGCUAUUGGAAGCCUCUUAGUGGAUGUUAUCGCUGGUUGGCGCUAUAUGUAUGGCUUGAGUUCACCCAUAUCAGUUCUUAUGGCAAUUGGGAUGUGGUGGCUUCCAGAUUCCCCUAGAUGGCUACUUUUGUGUGCUAUACAAAAAAAGGGAGACGAGCAAGAAUUAAGGGAGAAUUCCAUUUUUUGCAUGUGCCGCCUUAGAGGCCAAUCUUUCCGUGAUACGGCUGCCCAGCAAGUUGAUGAGAUCAUAGCUGAACUCUCUCUUACUGGUGAAUUGAAUGAUGUGUCUACAAUUGAAAUGUUUAGAGGCAAAUACUUGAAAGCUUUGUAUAUCGGUUGCGGUUUAGUUUUAUUUCAGCAAAUUACAGGUCAACCAAGUGUGUUGUAUUAUGCUGCCUCAAUCUUGCAGAGUGCAGGUUUUUCUGCAGCAUCUGAUGCAACGAGGGUCUCAAUUCUUCUUGGCUUUUUUAAGCUGAUUAUGACUGGAAUUGCUGUUUCGAUUGUUGAUCAGCUUGGAAGAAGACCUUUAUUACUUGGCGGUGUAUCUGGGAUGGUAUUGUCCUUAUCGUUUCUUGGAGCUUAUUACACUUUCCUAGGUGAUGCACCGGCUUUAGCUGUUGUUGGUUUACUCCUGUAUGUUGGUUGUUAUCAGUUAUCAUUUGGUCCGAUUAGUUGGCUGAUGAUUUCAGAAAUUCUCCCUUUGCGAGUGAGAGGAAGAGGAUCAAGUUUAGCUAUGUUAGUGAAUUUUGGGGCAAAUGCCCUUGUUACUUUUGCUUUUUCUCCAUUACAGGAUCUCCUUGGAGCGGGAGAUGUGUUCUUAAUGUUCGGUGUAAUAACCUUCCUGUCUCUUAUAUUCAUAUACUUUAUAGUACCCGAGACCAAAGGGCUGACUCUUGAAGAAAUUGAGGCCAAGAUACUGUAAAUUCUCACUCAACAACCAACUUAACCAUUCUUAUAGGGUCCAUAAGUGUUGGAUAGCAAUAUAGUUGAGAUGAAGCUCACACAACUUGAUCGGGCAGCUCAAGAUUCUUGAAACUUGUUCAGGAAAGCCCACAUAGAAGUACCAAAGCCAUCCUCGCUCACCUUCUACAGCAUGAUCUCGUUUACGCGUAAAACGUAAGAGGAGGAUUAAUUCGUCAAACAAUGCACUGAACGGGAAUGUAAAAUCGAAAAUGACAUUAGAUUGUUUGUUUGGAUACUUCCCCAAAAUUAACAAACCUGCAGCUAAUAUAUAGCAAUUAAAAUUUUCUUUUUUUA